AUGUUCCGAACUGCCUUUUGUUUUGUGCUCGUUUGCCACGUCCUCUUGGCUACAGUCGAAUGUGUCAACGGGUUCGCUUCGGACGACGCGCGAGCUGCUGUGGAAAGCGUGACGCACGUGGAUCGGACAAUUCGCAGCCUCCAGGCAGCUGAGACUGCAACGGAGACGUUGCACGACGAACGGGAGGAGCUUGAGGACAGGGGACUGGGGGAAUGGCUGGGCUUUGUCAAGAAAGAAACCCCUGCACUGUCGAAAGCUGUCGAAGAGAACGCGGAGGUCGCGGCGAAGCUGAAGAGUGUGGUGAGCGACAAGGACGUGGUCGACAAGGCAACGGUCGAGAAGGUCAAGACGGCCGUAGCGGAAGAAACGAGCGCGCUGGAGAAGCAACAGGGCGGCGUGCUGCGGCGGUUCUUCCAGCGGGUCAAGGCGGUUCCAGUGGAAGGCGAUGUCAAGGCCCUUCUGGUGGCGUACCUGGUGUUCGCCUUGUUGACGACGGCGAUUCUCACGACAGGGGCGAUGAUGUAUCGGCGCAACAUGGCCGAAGCUCAGGCGGCCCAAGCGGGGCACUAUAUCUCCAAAUAA